UCUGUCUUUAUUAUUAUUAUAUUAUUAUCUAAUUAUUAUUAUACUCGUUAUUGCCUUUACUUUCAGGCCAGUGAGUUAAUCUGCUGUAGGAAAGCACCUAAUCAGCUAAUUAUGCUGGAAGCUCUAGAUUCUCACUUGAAAUGAAUGUUUUUGUAGAUGGAAAACUAAAUGUGGCGAUCUAAACGAAUGAUGUGGGAGUGAUUUAUAUUUCGACACCUCAGGCUUAUCUAGAUGUUUGAUAUUGCGCUGCGGAUGGGGACGCAGGGGAUGAUGAAUGGCUAGAAUCUGAAGAAGACCAGUGGCGUCAGCAGGGAUGUUCAAGGCCUUGACCAUGGCUCAGAGUUUUUGUGCUACCAGGGCCCUGGUAGGAGAGUGCUGCAUUGAAGGAGGUCUAAGCCGGCUUCCUGCUUUUAUGGAGAUCUCCUCGGUUUGGAAGUCGUUCACUGAAUCUUGUCAACACAUGAAAUGUUGGAGUUUGAAUCUGACCAUGGCAUUUCUCACAGAACAGCAGAUUGGCUUUUUGCUCUCUCAACAGGUGCUGCUUUAUGAACCUCCUGAAGUGCGCGUAGCUUGAAGAUGUCUUGUGCAGCUCUUGCUGGUAGAUCUAAGCCAGUAUUGUGACCCAGGGGGAUAAGCAGGUUGCCUGAUUGUAUGGUUAUGGAUGGAUGUUCUUCUCUGGCAUCAGCUCUAAAAUCAAACCCUUCCUACUCAGAUGUUUAUUCCUUGGUGCGCAGCACAGAGAGAUCAAGAUGAACCCGCAGCUAAGGAGCUAUUCCUGUUCUCUCACUCUGGAUCCAAACACCGCGAACAGACAUCUCUCUCUGUCCGACGGAAACAGAAAGGUGGAGUAUGCGGGAGAGGAGCGGAUGUAUCCGGACCACCCGGACAGAUUCGACGACUGGCCUCAGGUCCUGAGUGUGGAGAGCCUGACUGGACGCUGCUACUGGGAGGUUGAGUGCAGUGGGAGAGCUGAAAUAGCCGUGACGUACAGAGGGAUCAGGAGGAGAGGGUACAGUGACUGUCUGUUUGGACUCAAUAAUCACUCCUGGAGGCUGUACUGCUCCUAUGAUGGCUACUCUGUCUGUCACAACAGUAAGAUCACGGCCAUACCUUCCCCUCCCUCAAACUCCAGCAGAGUAGGAGUGUACCUGGACUGGGGCUUCGGCACUGUGUCCUUCUAUAGCAUCUCGCCAAACACAGGUGCACUUACCCACCUGCACACGUUCACCAACACCUUCACCGAGCCGCAAUGCAUUGGCAUUGUUCCCUUUAACACGGUUAUGUGACAUGACUAGUUGAGCUUAUUCUAGGCUUGGUCGAAGUCUAUAGAAGUUCUAUAUAUUUUGAAAUUUGACUGCAGAAGUACAGUUUUUAUUUAGAUAUUAAUAUGAAUGGUGCUUUAGCUCAGCUUUAUAAGCUCCGUCACUUGGGAAUAAUGCUUCUUAACGGUGUUGCGAAAGGAUUAAACGUUCAUCACCCUCAGUUCAACCCCUUAACAUACCAUACUCAUUAUGUUUACUUCACAAAACGUCAUCUAGCUGUAAAUACAGGGUUACCAGGGUGUGGGCUUUGCACUAGUGACAGCUUAUUUUCAUUUAUUGUUUAUCUGUUUGAUCUUACACUAAAAAUAUAUGAAAUAUCGACUCCUGUCUGUGAUUAACUUAUUCAGAAGAAAUAAAAAAUGAGUAUUUUUA